UGUUGAUGCUCAUAGCCACCAAUGACCAUCCUUAUUAUAUCCAUAUGAACAAUAUCCAAAACACAAAAAUAUACAUACUCUAUGUCAAAUAAUCAUCACCCAAAUUAUUUCUGAGAAAUGGCAACUAAGCUAGCCAUCUCAUCUUCAAUCACACCCAUACUACCCUUCUCCACUAAACUCUCACCACCACUAGCACUUCCUCACACAGUAGCCUCACCAACAACAAAGGCCAAACAAUUCAGAAUCUAUGCUGAGCCAGGUGGUGGUGAACAAGCAGACCUCAAACAAAAGGAUAAGAAGUUUAUAACCAAGGAACAAGAACCAGAACAGUAUUGGCAAACAGCAGGGGAAAGGGAAGGGGAGAAUCCCAUGUCCACACCUUUACCUUACAUCAUCUUAUUUGGCAUGUCAACACCUUUUAUAAUCUUAGCCAUCGCGUUUCUUAAUGGCUGGAUUAAGGCCCCUAUUCGAUGAUAUAUCAUAGUUGGCAUUUGGCUGUCUGAAGAGGGAUACUUCAUACAAUGUUCUGAAUCUUUGAAUUGUUGUUUAAUCAGGGAGCUCCAUGUUUAAGUAUUCUGAUUUUUCGAGUGUGUUGAAUACUCAAUAUUUGCAGUAACUUACAUGUAUUAUGUGUCUUGAUGUUUGUAUCAUCGCUGAUCACUUACUGUUGUACAACCAGAUAAUUGAAGCAGAUUAUAAAGAAAGAUUGAAAAACCUGCCUACUGAGGAAACUUUUGCUAUGUGAAUUUGUUUACUUUCA